GGGGCGACGGGUAUCGGACCCCCAGGCGGGGCGACGGGCAUCGAGCCCCCAGGCGGGGCGACGGGGCCCCCAGGCGGAGCGGCGGGGUGCCGGGCCCCCAGGCGGAGCGGCGGCGGGCGCCGGGCCCCCAGGCGGAGCGGCAGGUGCCGGGCCCUCAGGCGGAGCGGCAGGCACCGGGCCCCCAGGAGGGGCGGCAGGCACCGAGCCCCCGGGCGGAGCGACAGGCAUCGGGCCCCCAGGCGGGGUGGGUUCCGAGUCAACUGGCAUGACCACGGGCACUGGGUCAGACAUUGGAUCGUCUGGCUCGACAGCGGGCAUCGGGUCACCAGGCAUCAGGUUAUUUGGCUCGACAGCGGGCACCGCGUCAUCUGGCAAGGCAGUGGGCACCGAGUCACCAGG